AUGCAGCAAGACUGUUUACUCUGUCUGCAAGUCUGGAUACUGAAGGGUGGCUGUCAUCUCCUCACCACAGUAAAAGAUACUACUAAUCUUCUGCCUCGCUCUCACCCUCAUAGAAACCUACAAGCUCUCCUCCCUGCACCAGUAUUCUCGGCUCAAAUUGCAUUCUCAUUGAAAGAAGGGAGGAUCCUUCCUGCUUAUGCUCUGCUGUCCCCUCCCCCUUUUUUUCCUUCUUCUUUUUCCCCUGUUCCCCUGGCCCCUUCCCCACUCGGCUUAGAUCUUGCAACUAGUCUCAGUAAAUCAUGA